GCUUCGGUUGCCGUCACAUAAGCAAGUAUUUCCUGUUUUGAUAAGUUUCUUGUGUGACAAUAUUUACAUUGAACUUCUCAUGACUUAAUUUUACAAAAUAUUUCAAUCAUGGGUCUACUACCAUUAGAAUAUACGGACUGUUUAACAGAUACUCCUCAUUAUCGAGAAAACCUUCGUGCUCAUGAAAAAGAAUUGGAAAGAACCAGCCAAGCCAUCAAGGGUCUAAUCAAGGAGGUCAAAGAUCUUUUGGCAGCCGCAAAAACAUUAUCGAAAGUGCAACGAAGUUUAGCAUCCACAUUAAUGAAUUUUCAGUUGGACUGCAUUGGAUCCAGCCAGACAGAUGAUGAAAUUAUUAUAGCUGGUUCGUUAAAGGAGUUUGGUCGUCUUUUAUGCGUAAUUGAAGACGAAAGAGAUAGAAUGCUUGAUAGGGCUGAAGAAACUUUAAUAAUUCCUAUAGAAAAUUUUAGAAAAGAAAACAUUGGAUCCGCCAAGGAAGGUAAAAAAAAGUUUGAUAAAGAAACUGUCAAAUUCUGUCAGUCUCUUGAACGCCAUUUGAAUCUUUCUGCAAAGAAAGGGGAAAAUCAUCUUUUAGAGGCUGAUGCUUCUCUUGAAAUGGAACAACGGCAUUUUUUCCAGGCUUCUCUGGAGUAUGCAUCUUUAUUAACAAAAAUUCAAGAAAAGAAAAAGUUUGAAUUUGUUGAAACAAUACUAAGUUUCAUGGUUGGCAUGAUGACCUUCUAUCAUCAAGGUUAUGAGGUUGCAAAUGAAUUUAAACCUUUCAUGACUGAUCUGCAGAGAAGGCUACAAAGAACAAGAGAAAAUUUUGCUGCCACAGACAGUGAAGCCGAGCAACUAAAAAAAAAGACGUUAGAGAAAGCUCAAGAUCCAGGCGUUUUAAAUAAAAUGUAUACAAGGCAGGGCUAUCUCUUCUUAAUGGAAAAAAAAGCCCUUGGAACAACUUGGACAAAACAUUUCUGUCAAUAUCAAAAGUAUCAGAAAAAAUUUUCAAUGAUGCCAUAUUCUCAGACUGUAGGAAAAAUUAUGAAUGGAGAAACCAUUACCGUGAAAGAAUGUAUUGGGAAUGAUUCCAUUGAUAAACGCUUUUGCUUUGAUGUAAUACCUGAAGAUAAAUCCAUUUUAUUUACAUUUCAAGCUUUGUCCGAUGAAGAUAGACGACUAUGGUUAGAUGCUAUGGAUGGAAAGGAGCUUAUACAUAAUUCAGCUGGGAAAAAUAUGAAACAAGAUGGAUUUUCUUUGGAUGACGCUGGUUUUGCAUUUGUGCAAUGGUGUAUAAAUUUUAUAGAAUCAAAAGGACUAUUAGACCAAGGCUUAUAUAGACUUGUAGGUGUAAAUUCAAAAGUUGCAAAAUUAACGCAAGUUGCUCUAGAAAAUAAAGGAUCUAAUUUGGCAUCAUUGGAUGAAGAUGAAUAUGAAUUGAAAACUGUUACUAGUGCACUUAAGAACUUUUUUAGAAAUCUCCCAGAGCCUCUUCUUACAUUUCGAUUACAUGGUGCAUUCAUUGCUGCUGCAAAACAAGAAAACAAAGCAUUGCGAAUAAAUAACAUACAUGCUUUAGUGCACUCUUUGCCUAAACCAAACUUCCGCAUGCUAGAAAUACUAAUAAGUCAUCUUUGCAAAAUAGCAAAAUUAUCUAAUAAAAACUUAAUGACAGUUUCUAAUUUGGGAAUCUGUUUUGGACCUACACUUCUGCGUCCAGAAGAAGAAACUGUUGCUGCAAUUAUGGAGAUAAAGUUUGGAAAUGUUGUUGUUGAAAUUCUGAUAGAAAACUUUGAAAAGAUCUUUAAAAGUAUACCUGAUGCUGAUUCCAUUCGUCGUCAGCCACCUCCUUAUAUACCACCACCUCAACCUUUACGUAAAGAAGGACAUCAAUCCCCUCUGUUGACUCAAUUCUCAUCAAACAGAUCGUCAUCAGUAGAACAUUUUAGUAGUCGGAGCAAUCCUCAAAAUGUGUCUAAUUUUUCGCCUAUUCCUACCUCACUUGAUCAUUCAAUGCCUUAUUCGAACUCUUCCUCCGAUCAGAAACCUAGGGGAGGACUUGUAUUGUUUAAUCCAAUGUGGAACAAUGGCUUGCCUCUAAAUAUUAAUACAGAAUCAUCAACGAAUAGGUCUGGGCCACCCCCAAGACCACCUCUUCCGGAGUCAAAGAAUUACAUAUACUCGACUACAUGGAGUGCUGAAUCUGGUUCUCAUCGAGUUUCAAAUAUUAAUGCAUCAAAUAUAAGCUCUCAGGAAUAUUUUGCUAAUGAUGAGAUUCUUCCAAAUUCUUUAUGUGGAUCUCCAACUAAUGUCCAAUCGAAUACAGGAAGAAAAGUAAGAACUCUUUAUGCCUGCAGGGGCGAAAACGAGAUGGAACUUUCAUUUGAACCAAAUGAAGUCAUAUAUAAUGUAACACCUUCACAAGAACCUGGAUGGAUCCGAGGAACACUAAAAGGCAAAACAGGACUGGUACCUGAAAAUUAUGUUGAAUAUUUUUCAUGACCAUUAGAGGCAUGAAAAAGUCCUUCCUCUCCCUUCCUGUAGUAUAUGUAGCUUUGAGAUAGUAAAUGUGAACAAUAAGUAGUGAUAAAUCAUUUUAUAUAUAUAUAUUGUUUAAUAUUUUAAAACAGUGACUGAACACAAUAUUUAAUUUAAACCAUUUCAAGUGGACUGAGAGAAAUUUAGUUGAAUGUUAAUUUAAUAAAUAAUGUAAAUAGUUUCUUCAGAUUGAUAUCAUUUGCUGUGUUGUCUUCUCAAAAAUCUUUUCUUAAUUCUGAAAUAACCUUUAUUGACAUUCACAAUUAAUUAUUGUGGACAAUCAAUGGCAUUUAUUUUUUAGUAAAUUUGUUUUUAAAACAUCAGGGAUAUUAAGUUUAAUAUGAAACUUAUCUAUCAUUAGUAGAAAAGUUGUGUGCAAUUUCUUGAUAUAUAUUGCAGAGAAAUUUUCUUCCUUAUUUCAUUUUUAAACACAUCUUUUUAACGGCAAAUAAUGUUCUUGUAUCGGAAAUUCAAAUACUUUCAAAUAAAUAAUAGGUUAAUAAAGUUGAAAAAAAGCUUUUAUUUUUUCACCCAUCACCCAUUCUUUCUGUAAUAUGGCAGUAGAUUGGCACAGCAAUUAUAAAUUUGUUAAGGAACUGCAGUCUGUGAAAAAACUUGCAAUCCCCCCUCCCCCUUUUUUUGUUAUAAUAUGUAGACAAGCUAGGAUUAUUUUUUUUAAUAAAGCAUUCUUUUGACUCCUUCUGUAGUUAAAUAUACUGUAGUCUCUUAGUAGAUUUUAGUACUGUUUUAAUAUUUAUGUUAGACAUUGGAAUAUUUUAGAUUCAUGCCAAUUUAGUGCAUUGAAGACUUAAUCAUCAUUUUAAUUACAUUAGAUAGCUUUUGUUUCAAAAUUUUUUUAUCGGAGCAGAAAUGUUCGUGCAUGUAGCCAUUGAUGAAUCUGUAUUACUCUUAUUUUCAAUAUGUUAGUCCAUAUCUAAUUUUUGUGCCUUGUGAACUGAAACUAUAAUAGUGAAUUUGUAACCCAAACUUGCAUGCCAGUUAUGAUUAGAAUUUUCAUUAAAUUAAAUGAAGUUAUAUGAGAUAUAUCUACAUUCUGUUAAUAUAUUAAAUUUUAGUUUCUCAUUGUUGAAUUCUGAUUAUUGAUAAUUUAGAAACUAUGCAUCCUGUUAAUACUAAAUUGCUUGCUGAAAAAUGAAAACUUUUUGAGGGCAUUUUACUUCUGUGAGAGUGUGGUGUACUCAUCUUUAAGUUAAUCUGAAAUGCAGAUACUUUUAUUGUGUUAUGGUAAUGUGUGUAUUUAAAAUAUGACAUUCAAGAUUAAUUCCUUAUAUUUUUCUUUCAAUCUUGAUUUCGAUCAUAUGUAUGUAAUUCACGAUAAAUUAUGAUAGUAGUGAUGUCAUUUGAUAUUGUUGGCAUAUGCUAUAUGUGUAAAAUGUAUAUAGUAUAUUUUAAAAUAUGAGACUAUCUUUUGUAAUUAUGAAAU